AUGACGACCGUGCUGUAUCCUGAAAUUUUAACUCCCGUCCCGCAGGAUGACAGGAGCUGUCGCAGCGACGAUUCCGGCGGCGAGGUCUUCAAGAACAUCCCGAAGAACAGCAGCAUCUUCCGAGUCUGGAAGAUCGAGGGUCUACGCGCGACAGUCGUAAGCAGCAGCAACAUGGGCCUCUUCCUCUCCGAGUCGGCGUACAUCGUCUACGCUGUGUCCGCAAAGGACGGUGCACUUCCUUACCCGGGCAUGCCGAUCAAGGAUCUGAAGGACACCGCGGUGGUGCGCGCGAUCCACUUCUGGAUCGGUGCCAACUGCGACUCGACGGCGUCCGGCGCCGCGGCGCUACGCGCCGCCGAGCUCGACUCGCAGACGUCGGCGAUGAUCCUGACGCGCGAGGCGCAGGGCCGCGAGAGCCCGCGGUUCCUCGCCUACUUCCGGCAGCGGCUGGUCGUGGAGAGCAUGCAUCACGAACCGCCCGACUGCGCCCUGCACCGCGUCUCCGGCGUGGCCGUGCCGAUUCUGACCGAGCUCGAGAGGGUCCACUGGGAACACUUCAGCUGCCGGGACGUCAUCCUGGUAGACGUCCGCGCUAAGGGCGUUAUCUUCCUGUGGCUCGGAUCUCUGUCAGAUCCCCUGCACAAACGCCACGCUGCCAAUCUCCUGGAGUCUCGAAAGGAGAACAACAACGGCCGCGUGGUGGUGGUCGAGGACGGCUAUGAGCAAACCCUGCCGGCGGACGACAGGGAGCUCUUCAGCAGCGUGCUCGACUCCACGGCCAGGGUGGUGGCGCCCGAUCGCCAGCACCGCGUCAACCCUCCGAGCCCCAUCAAGCUGUACAAGUGCAGCGAGCAAUCGGGCAAGUACAAGGUCGCCGAGCUGAAGUCCGGUCCGAUCCUACGCGGCGAUCUCACCUCCGGUUCCGUGUACCUGGUGGACCGGGGCGAGGCCGGCGUCUGGGCCUGGGUGGGCCGCGACGUCAACGCGCGCGAGAGGCUGGAGGCCGUGAGAAACGCGCGGGGUUUCAUCAAGAAGAAGGACUACAGCGACGGCGUGCCGGUGGCAAGGACGACGGAAGGUCACGAACCGGCGGAGAUGAAGGCGCUGUUGAGGGGCUGGGAGCCUUCCAAGACGAGGCCGUUGACUUUGCCGGCGAGUUUCGAGCCCGAUUACAUGAACGAGAGGCCCAGGAUGGCGGCGGAGUGCCAGCUGGUAGACGACGGAUCCGGCGAGCGGACUUUGUGGAGGGUUGAACUGAAGGAAGGUAUGGUCCAGGUGGAGGACGACAGGGGAAUCUAUUACGCGGAAGCCUGCUACGUGAUGCUGUACAAGUACGGACAGGGAAGAAGGUGUCGAAGUAUUGUUUACUGCUGGGAAGGUGUUCAUUCGGUUAAGAUGGAUCGAGAUGCAGCUUUGACUGUGGCUUGUCGCCUAUCUGAAGAGACGAAUGCACAGUUAGUGAAGGCAUCCCAAGGCAGAGAACCGCCUCAUCUCUUGCAGAUUUAUGACGGGAAGCUCAAGAUACUCGCCGGACGCCAUCGUGAUUCACCGCCGAAAAAAUAUCUGGUCAGAGUGUUCGGCUCGACGCCGUACACCUCGAAGGCCGUGGAACGCCCGUUACGGGCGAGCAGCCUGGACUCCAGCGCGGUGUUCAUCCUCUUCACCGGCGUCCCAGUCGUCUGGUGCGGCGGCAAGAGCACCGGCGACGCGAGACAGACGUCGCGACGUCUCGCGCCCAGAAACGCGCCCCUCAUCACCGAGGGUAAAGAGGGCGACGACUUCUGGACCGAGCUCGAAGGAAGAGGCUCCUACAGCACGGAGACCGAAGAGGUCGGCGAGGAACUGGACAAACAUCUGUUCCAAUGCCGCACCGAGAACGGCCUCUUCGUGGGCGAGCAGAUUCUCGGAUUCCGACAGAACUCGCUGAUACCGGAAGCUGUCUGGCUACUGGACGCCGGCAGCGUGAUCUGGGUAUGGAUUGGCAAGUUCUCCAGCCCGAGGACGCUGCAAGAGUGCGUCGAGGACGCCACCAUAUAUCUCUAUACACAUCCGGCAGGUCGAAAUCGCAACACGACUAUUUCCGUGAUCAAACAAGGCUCGGAGCCGGCUACGUUUAUCGGGCUGUUUGACAAUUGGAAUCAUAAUCUGCUGAGAGAUUACAAGCCGUUCGAGACCUUCUGCGCCCUGCUGGAGGACAGAGAACAAUCGACGAGGGCGCAGACGACCUCGAAGGCCGCCACGGACUUCGACAGCUACAUCAAGUACCCGCCGGCGGUGCUGAAGAGCGAGCCGGAGAACCUGCCGGCCGGCGUGGACGUUAGACGCAAAGAGAUGCACCUGACCUACGAUAAUUUCAUCGCGAUCUUCAAAAUGGAACCCGCAGAAUUCGAGAAGCUGCCGACCUGGAAGAGGCAACGCCUCAAGCAGGCCGCUGGACUCUUCUAAUGUGCUCUUUACUU